UGGAAAAGAUGGCUGCUUCGGCGGCAACGGCGAGUUCUUCCCCCGGUUUGUGUCCAAAUUACGCCGUGAUUUGCUCUUUUCUGGAACGCUACGGAGCGCUGCUGGACUUGCCGGAGCUCACCUUUCCUCAGCUGGAGCGGUAUCUGCAGGACACAUCCUCAGUUCCAAAGCUGCUGGUUGAUCUUCACGUCAAGUUGCUGAGAAAGAUCGGCAAGUCGGUGUCAGCAGACAGAUGGGAGAAAUAUCUCGUCAAGGUAUGUCAGGAGUUCAACACAACCUGGGCAUGGGAACUCGAACAGAAAGGAUACAAGCAGAUGACGAUGGAGUGCAAGACAGGGAUACUUAAAUAUUUGUGUGAAUGCCAGUUUGACGACAACGUGAAGUUCAAAACUGCCAUCAAUGAUGAGGACCCAGAUAAAAUGCGCCUGCAGCCGAUCGGUCGGGACAAAGACGGACAGAUGUACUGGUUCCAGCUGGACCAAGAUGACAAUGUGCGCGUUUAUGUGGAGGAGCAGGACGACUUGGACGGGUCGUCGUGGAAGUGCAUCGUCAGAGAUAGAAACGAUUUGGCAGAGGUUGUCGCUCUGCUGAAGACGCAGAUUGAUCCGGCGUUGUUGAAAAAAGAACAGGAAACGAUACCUGAAGGUGGAGAGGACAAAGACAAAACUGAAGGUGAGACCAAAAAGACUGACGAUCCAUCAGAUGACGACAGCAAAGACUCCAACAAGCCAGUCUGCCUAGACUCCCCGAAGACGGAGAACAAUGAAAAAGCAACACAGAACCUGAAAUCAGAAAAUUCUGAAGCAAAAUCAGCACUAAAUGGUGCCAUUGAAGGCAAAACGGACUCAGAAGAUGUCAAUACAAAAGCCCAGAACAUCAAAGAAGAGCCGAUGGAAGUUUUGGACAUUAAAUCAAACUCAAAUGAACGAACACCGGCCUCUGAGACAUCAUGUAUAUCAGUAAAGGCAGAAAAAGGAGAAGAAGCAAAGAAGAACAGUGCUGAAGAGAUGCAACAGACCAUGAGGAGUGACCAGCAGGCCAAGAUCCCUUUGAAAAAAAGGGGAAUGAAGUUCAGUGAAGACUUCGAUAAAAAUAGUGCCGUAAUAGUGCAAAAUCAAUCUGUCUCUAAUCUGAAGGAGGCUCCAAAAGACAACUCAACUGAACAGACAAAGAAAGCUCAGAGUAUAAAUGAUCACAUUAAUGGUGAAGUUCCUCCAUCAGAGAAAGGGUCACCAGAGUCUCUGACAGAAGCUGCAAGGAAAUCCGAAGUUAAAGAAAAUGAUGCUCCGACCACAGAUGAGGAGGUUAAAAAAGACAAAAAGGAUGAGGCAGAGGAAAUCACGCCACACCGAGCAGAUUUAGACAAGAAAACUCAAGAUGAAAAGGAAACGGAAAAAAGGGAAACGUGCGAGUCUUCGCGGCCGCCGACAGAACUGGCACCUUUAUCUAAAGAGAUAAAUAAUGCAGCAGAGAAAUCCUCUAAUCAUGAAGGGCUUAAAAAAAUGAAAGAAUCCAAACCAGCAGACACAGAGGAGGCUUGUAAGAUGAACAAGAUGACAUUAAAGGAAAGUCAUAAAACAUUAACAGCUGAUGAGUCAGGGAACCUAAAUUUAAAUCAUGAAGUUGAAUCCAAAGAAGCUGAAUCAAAAGAUUCAAAGAAAUCCCAGGAAAACCCAGACUGUAUAGACGUGGAUGCGUCCAAAUCAAGUCAGACUAAAGAAAACAAGGCACCUGAAAGUGUAACGGACAAGCAGACAGAUAUGAGUGACCCUAAAGAGACGGGACCAUCUGAGGCUAAUGUGGACAAAUCUGAUAACUCUGCUCUGAAAGAGAAGCCGGAAAGCUUUAAGACAGAGAUGCAGUCUGCAGACACUCUAGACAGAUCUGUUGACUCUGAAAACACCGGAUCAGAGUCUGUCACUAAAAUAGAAAGUAAGAAAGCACAAGAAACAGCCAACACUAAGGAGAGUGUGGACCCUCCUGUUAUCGAAAAGGUCGACAAAUCAGAGUCACGUAAACCUGCAGAGGAGCACGAUGGCAUCAAAGAUGCAGAGAUGACUCCUGCAGCUGGUGAGACAACGACAGAACAGCCAGAAGACAUAAAGAAAACUGUCAACUGUGAAGACAGUACGGUACGUGAUGUUUCCAAGAUAAGCGACUCUGUGUCCGGGCCUGUGGCUGCAGAAGCACAGGGUGUUAAACUCGAUGUGACAAAACCACAAAAAGAUGACAAAGCUGAGACCAACUCUGUCACACAAAAGAUGGUGGAACAGGCGUCUGAAGGCCGAGAUAAAACAUCGAGCCCCGUUGAGAAGAUGAAUGUCUCUGAUGAAAAACCCGAAAGACUAGAAACGGAACAGGAUAAGGAUCCCGAGAAAAAGCCCAGUGAGAUCGAGGCAGAGCAUCUGCCAUCAGAAAAUAAAAAGGAUGCUGAAAAGGAAAGUGAAAAGGACACGGAUAAUGAAAAGCUUCCAAAUUGCAAAGAGGAUUCCACAGCAGAUAAACUCUCAGUAAUGGAGAAGAGCAAGGGCAAAAGUGAGGAUGUGGAUUCCCAGACGAAAAAAGAGGCGGCGAAUGGCAGUGAAGCCCCAGCAGAUGUUCAGGAGGAGGGUGUCUGCCGGAAAAACAAGCGUCCAGUCCACCGAAGGAAAGCUGAACUCCAGAGGGAGGAACGACAAGGGGACUCAGAGUCUGAUACAAAUGCAGGGAGAUCCCUGCGAAGAUCGCCGAGGAUCUCGAGGCCGACGCCAAAGGCGGUAGAGAUCCAGGACAAGAAGCAGGAGAAGUCGCAGGCAGCUCAAGUGUCUCAGAAGCACGAGGAGGAGAAGGAUGAGAAAGAAAAGGGUGAAGAGGAGGAGGAGGACAAGGAAGAGGUGGAGGUGAAGGCUGUUCAGAGGAAACCAAGAGAGAAAAAGACUGAUCAGGAAGGCCAACCCAAACCCAAGGGGAGGAAGAGGCGGAAGCUUCGGUGGUCCAACACUCGAACGCGCCGUAGAAAGAAAGACUCAGAAGAUGAAGACGACAACAGCGACGAGGAGUCCAGCGAAGAAGAGGAGAGCGAGGAGGAAGAUGACAGUGACGAAGACUACAAGGUUGAGCGAACCAGAAAGAGGCGAAAUCGUAACAGAGUAAGGCGAAGCUCAGACUCAUCAACGUCCUCCGACGAAGAUCUACCUCCAAAUGACGACCCUUGCAAACACUGCGGUCUUUCAAAUCACCCUGAGCUGAUCCUGCUGUGCGAUUCGUGUGACAGCGGCUACCACACAGCCUGUCUGAGGCCUCCCCUCAUGAUCAUCCCCGAUGGGGAAUGGUUCUGUCCACCCUGUCAGCAUAAGCAGCUCUGCGACAAGCUCGAUGAGCAGCUCCAAAACCUCGAUGCUGCUUUGAAGAAGAAGGAGCGUGCUGAGAGGAGGAAAGAGCGUCUGAUUUAUGUUGGAAUCAGCGUUGAGAACAUCAUCGCGCCCUCUGCUGUGGUGGAGGAGGAAAAGCCAGAGAUCAUUAUCAAAGAGAAGAAAGAAGUAAAGAAGAGCAAGAGCUGGGGUCGGAGGUCAACGAGGGCGAAGAAAAACAUCAGCUACAGAUUUGAUGAGUUUGACGAGGCAAUCGAGGAGGCCAUUGAAGAAGACAUCAAAGAAGCAGAGGGUGGAGGGGCGGGUCGGGGCAAAGAUAUGGCUAACAUCACAGGACACAGAGGGAAGGAUAUUUCUACCAUCCUCCAAGGAGAGGAGGGCAAGGAGAACGGCCGGCCACCCCGACCUAACGCUAGUCAGCGCAAGAAAAAACGUCGGCGACUCAACGACCUGGACAGCGACAGCACCAUGGAUGAGGAGGAAAGCGAGGAAGAGUUUCGCCUCAGUGAAAGCUCAGAAGAAGAGUUCGUCGUAUCGGACAACGACACAGAAGCUGAAACGGAGGCCGACUCCAAUGACAGCGACUUCGGCAGCAACAGCAGCAGUAAGCAUCACACGUCUUCACGGAGCAGACUGCUGGCGUGCAGACGGAGCUCCAGAAAGCGGCGACGACCGAGAGGCUACUCGGAUGAUGAAGAGGAUGAGACGGAUGAGGAGGAUGAAGAGGAUGAAAUAGUGACCGAAGGCUCCAGUGAGUUCAGUGACAGCGAUCUGGAUAUGAGCCGCCGGCGGUCGAGGCGGAGCCAGAAGAAGCAGGUGAACUACUGCGAGACGUCCGAGUCUGAAGGCUCUCAGGCUGAAACCAACCGGUCCAAAACAAAACCCAGACGUUUCCAGGAAAGCUCCGACAGUGAUGCGAGUUUCUCCAGAGACUCAGAAGAGGAUUCGCGGGAUUGGAGGUCGAAGAGGAGAGCUGACUCCUCGGAGGAAGAUUCCCGACAGCGGCGCAGACGUCUGGCACUAAAACGCAGGAGAGCGUCAGAAGAUGACGACGACUCGGACGAGUCUUCCGAGGAGGAUCGUCCCAUCCGUAAACGGGUGAACCGCAUCGACUCGGACGACGAUGACGAGGAGCCAGAGGAGAAGCCGAAGGAGAAGAAAGCGGAGGAGGAGUCAAAGGGAACAAAUCCAUUGGACUGUGGCCUGGUGGAACUGCCGCCCGCCAACGGGCAGAGCCCGAUAAAGAACCUCGAGGGUAUCAUUACUCGACCCGCUGCCGUCGCUCCAGGCUUCAUCUCGCAUCUGGAGCCACCCAAAAAUAUCAGUGCCACACCAGCCACCGCCAUAGCACCUAACGGUCUGGUUGGGCAGGACAUUGCGGCGCAGGACGAUGACGAAGACGACUUGUUAGGAGUCACAGACCUCGUGGACUAUGUCUGCAAUAACGAACAAUUGUAAAAACAAAA